AGCGCGAGGCGCGGCAGCGGCCGCCUCCCGGGGGCGGGGCGGUAGCGCGCGGCCGCUCGGCGCCGGUUCCGCUCCGUCGGUGACUGCGGACGUUGCGGGGUCGAAGAAGCGCCGGGCACACCAUGGCUGCGGCCGCGUGGAUGCCCGCGGUUUCUCGACUGCUAGGUGCUUUCAAAAACCAAAAACAGGUGACCAGAAGUUUUAGUAAUGCUGUACAAACAGUGACUUUAAUCCCAGGAGAUGGCAUAGGACCUGAGAUUUCUGCUGCUGUCGUGAAGAUCUUUGAUGCUGCCAAAGUUCCUAUUCAGUGGGAAGAAAGGAAUGUUACAGCUAUCCAAGGACCAGGAGGAAAGUGGAUGAUACCUCCAGAUGCCAAAGAAUCCAUGGAUAAAAACAAAAUGGGAUUAAAAGGUCCUUUAAAAACCCCAAUUGCUGCAGGACAUCCAUCGAUGAAUCUGCUGCUGCGUAAAACCUUUGACCUCUAUGCAAACGUACGUCCCUGUGUCUCUAUUGAGGGCUACAAAACCCCUUACACAGACGUAAAUAUUGUCACAAUACGAGAGAACACAGAGGGUGAAUACAGUGGAAUUGAGCACGUGAUUGUUGAAGGCGUUGUGCAAAGCAUCAAGCUAAUCACAGAGGAAGCUAGCAAGCGCAUUGCAGAAUUUGCUUUUGAGUAUGCUAGAAAUAAUCACAGAAGCCAUGUUACUGCUGUGCACAAGGCAAACAUUAUGAGAAUGUCUGAUGGGCUUUUCUUGAGAAAGUGCAGGGAAGCAGCAGAAAACUGUAAAGAUAUUAAAUUUAAUGAAAUGUAUCUGGAUACUGUGUGUCUGAAUAUGGUUCAGGAUCCUUCACAAUUUGAUGUGCUUGUUAUGCCUAACUUGUAUGGUGACAUCCUCAGUGACUUGUGUGCUGGAUUGAUUGGUGGUCUUGGAGUAACACCAAGUGGAAAUAUUGGUGCUAACGGAGUUGCAAUUUUUGAAUCGGUUCAUGGAACAGCACCUGAUAUUGCAGGAAAAGACUUGGCAAAUCCAACUGCUCUUCUCCUGAGUGCUGUAAUGAUGCUGCGUCAUAUGGGAUUACACAAGCAUGCCACAAAAAUUGAGACAGCUUGCUUUAAUACAAUUAAAGAUGGAAAGGCUUUGACAAAAGACUUGGGAGGUAAUGCCAAGUGUUCAGAGUUCACAGAAGAGAUCUGCAACAGAGUACGGGACGCAGAGUAAACUUCUCGUUUGAUCCGUAUUAACUCUGAAAAGAUGCCUCACAAACAUACAGUAUGUAACCUGGUAUAUGCGUAUAUUUUGCUCAUCUCUAUAAAGCAAACUUUAUAGGGAAGGCCUCUUCAUUAAUAAAUUUAGUCCCCAUGGCUACAGAUGACGCUUGUGCCUGCUUUCAGUGGACUUUAAGUGCUCUGUCUUAUUUAUUUCUACCUGGUAAGCAUUUUUAUGUAAGAGAAGUAUUUUUUUGCCACUGUAACUGUACCAUUUGCUGUUUCAACUAGAUGGCUUUUAUUUUUCACAAAGAAAAAUUAUGUGAAUAUAACAUAACCAGAACUAGUGAAUUGCUGCAGCACCUUAAUGCUUAGAGCUAUGUUACUGGUCUUACUGAAAUUUAAAGGACAGGCUUUUGGCCUAACAAGAGCACAAGACAAACAUUAUAAAAAGAAACGGGUAUAAACUAAUUUCCAAUAGCAAUUUUGUGUUAAAAGCAAUGAAGGAACACUUCUAGGUGUCUGUUGAUUGAUGAAAUACAGCUUUGCCUUCAAAGGGCAUGCAAAAAAGAAAUGCAAAAUCUUAGAGAUUUAAUCUGUUUAUGUAUAUGGAAAAAGAAAAAGACAUCAAAGCACCUAGAUGUGAGAACUGAUAUUAACAAAGAUAUUUUUCAAAUCUGUAUCAAAAUAGUUCUUACAAGUUUUCCUUUCUGAAACACAGCUUAAUUCACAAGAGAGUUGUAACGAGAGUAAAUUAGAAAAACUCACUCCUGCUCUGUAUUAUGAAGGGAAGUUAUUAACUUCACCAGUUUAUACAAAAUAUUUCAUGGCUUCUGCUGGAUUGCUUUUUGUGUUAUACUUUGUUUUUAUGAAGCCUGCUCAGUGUGUCUCACUGAUUCUAUUCUAUAAACUCUGAAUGUAAAAGACUAGUCCUAAUGGAAUGAAGACAGAUUGAAGGUCUGGCUCUGGGUGCCUACGUUCCAGAAAUACAUUUCAUCCCUAUUCAAGGAUCAGAGACCUUUUCUUCUCCUGCUUCCUAAGCUUAGUAAGCACCAAAGCAUCUCUUUUUUUUCCCCCUCCCUUCUUCAUCACAUACAGGUAAUCGUGAGCCAUUCUGACCUGGAUUUCUUAAGGGUAUGCUCCUUUUAGCAUAUCCUUCAAGAAAAUGCACGUUUGUAAAACUUGUGGCUAACACAAGUUUAUACCUACUGCCAGAGCCAGGUGUCUUAAAGCUGGACUGUAUUUAUGGGUAUUACACCUCUGGGUUACUUCCUAGUGAGGCUGUUCAGGCUGGUUAUUUCAGAAUCAAAACUAUUUUGAAUAAUGUCUUCUAGCAGAACUCUAUGAAGUAAGCAACCCAGCUUUUUUGUACAGCCUAACAACCUGUUGGAGGGGGGACAGUAAGCUUUAUUUCUUGUGCUCUCUGCUUUUGGUGAAUAGGGUAUCAUUUCCUUGUGUUUUACAAGCUGCUGCUUCCUUGUUUCCUCUAGAUUAAUCUUAAGACCUUUUGCAGUACCAUUACGCACAAAAUGGGGAAAAAAUAAACUUUUUGAAGUCCU